ACCUUCCACUUUUGGUGAUUGGCGCGUCGAUCCCCAGCAGGCGCGCGGCAGAAGUCCGAGGGCGUAAGCAGCACAAACACGUCUUCGCACAUUGGUUUGAAUUGGACUGCAGUGCCGAGGGCGUACGUACGCAGCACAAACACGUUUCUGCACAUUGGUAGGAAAAAAAUAAUGUACUUUUGCGUAAAUUGUAUAAGCUGCUGACUCAGCUUACCCAAGGUGCUGAUUGAGGAGCAGGCGGAGGUACUGCUGGCGCUCAAAGCUCCCGCGGAGAUCGGCCAGGCGGAGACGGCGAUGGCGGCCCCUGGUGGUCCAUCUGCUGAAGAGUUCGAUGCGGAUCGCGACUGCCAUUUCAUUAAGGAGGUUCUGGAAGGAAUUGAGCGUAAGGGGAGCUUUAACGAGGUUCAAGAUGCAGCCAAAGUUGACCGCACACUGUCUUUGGUUCGGGUUUUCUCUAAGCGGUCUGCGGAUCAGCGUGCUGUGAUUGUUCGGCGCUACAAUUCGCUGCACGACAAGUAUCUGGCGGUGGAAAUAAAGGAAAAGGUGGAGCCAGGUCCAUUGCAAAAUUGUUUGCUCACGUUGCUCCGUCCUUCCGCCAUAAAUGAUGCAGUCUGGUUACAUGCAGCCAUAGCUGGGCUGGGAACCGAUGAAGGUGUCCUGAUCGAGAUUCUCUGCAUGCGCACUCCACAGGAGUUGGUGGAUAUCCAGGCCGAGUACAAAUCGAUGUUCAAAAGGGAGCUCAUGAAUGACGUCAUGGGCGAGUUCAAUGCACUUUCGCAGCUCCGCGAGCUGUUGAUUGGACUCUUAGGUAUGCCCAGGAAAACAACCCCGGCCGACCCCGAAGCGGCCCACCAGCUCGCAGAGAAAUUGCAUAAGGCUGGCAAAGGACUUUUCGCCAACACAAAAAAGUUUGUUACGGUCUUCACCCAUGAGAGCCAUGACAUGCUCAAAGCAGCGUUUCAAAAGUUCAAGGAGUUGUACGGACUGUCUAUGGAGAGCUUCCUGGACAGGGAGUUGAAGCUGCACUCGAGACUUGCCCAGGGAUUGAAGUUCAUUGCAUCCUGCGCGGAGUCAAGGUAUGGCAUGUACGCCGAUCUCAUUCACGAUGCAUUGAAUUCUUCGCCGCCAAACAUUGCGGGUGUGGAGCGAAGCAUGCUCUGCCGACUUGACACGGACAUGGCGCACAUCAAGGAACAGUACCUUAAGAAGUACGAUGUGAGUAUUCUUGAUGCGAUCAAAAUCAGGAUCAGUGACCCUACCCUUAGAAAGGUCCUCGUCCAUGCCAUCCAUGAAAGCGAAGAUAGCAAUCCAUACCAUUAGCUGUCUUGCUACCUUCUUAUUUUAUGCCUCUCUAACAUAUCCUCGACAACUCCAUGCUGGAAUGGUCUCCUCCUGGCUCAGCCAUCUAUCACGUGGCUUAGACUGGAAAUAUAGGGAGUGCCAGGCGGGUGAGCAGGAAGAUCCAGAGCAGGCUAUACAUGUUUUACUGCAGUGUAAUUAGUAAUAAUUACUCUCCGUGUAAGAUCGCAGCAUCGCAAACUGCAGAGUGCUGCAGGUAUGUUCAUCAGGGGAGUAGGAUAGGGGAUGGUUUUCAAAUGCGUCACCUGGCAAUGUUUCACUAUUUUCAAUGUGGACUCCAGGGAGGGCUGGCAAAUGAUGACGGAAAUCAUACACUGGCCUCUCCUCUCUUUCCGUCAUUUAUAAUGCCAUGCUAAUGCGGCAAAUUGCAUGCAUUUUGAGGGCAGGUCAGGGCUUCACCAGUUCACAUACAUAUAUGUAAUGGUGUCUCUCACACACACACACUUUGACACACACACACACACACACACACACACACACACACACACACACACACACACACACACACA